CGUUUAGUUCCUUUUCGCUCUUCGCGCUGUUAAGCGGAUCGAGCGCCGUGGUCCACAUUUCACACGUGACAGGAUAUUUCCAGGACGAAUUGCCCAGGAUGAGGUGGUGAGGCUCUGCGUGGCGGGCUUUUCGAAUUUCGAGUGAGGUGAUUAUGUAGUGUUUGUGUUUGGUUUGUCGUUUCUGCAGCAAGGAUGCGCGUUCCUGCUGUUAUCCUCAGGGCGGCGGCAACCCUUGUUCUGUUUGAUGUCGGGAUGAUGUACGACCCAAAGUCAAAGAUAGUCAAAGCGCCAGGAACAUAUCCGCUCGAAGUACACAACAUGUAUCGCGACCGAAUGCUAAAGAAAACACCAAAGACUGUAGGAGUGUGGUCAGCAUGGAGUCCAUGGACGCCGUGCUCGAGAAGCUGUGGGGGUGGCGUCACGCAACAGACGAGACACUGCGUUAGUAGACCUGCUGAUUCGAGAUUUGUCCGCAGACAAAGACGGAGGCGACAGGCUAAUGGUUGCGUGGGUUUGUAUAAGCGGAUUCACCUCUGCAAUACGCAGAGCUGUCCAUCAGGCGCUGACUUUCGCUACGAACAAUGUGCGGCAUUCAACAACAGGAUUUUCAAAGGGAGGACGUACGUUUGGGAACCCUUUCUUAAUGCUCCUGACGAAUGUGCUCUCAAUUGUCGUGCAUCAGGCCUUAAUUUCUACGCCACCCUCAAUAAAACAGUGAUUGAUGGCACUUCUUGUAAACAUCCCAUGAUUUCUUAUGGCAGACCAGCUCCCUCAGGAACACGAGGUAUCUGCAUCGAGGGAUCGUGUAAGAGCGUUAACGCAAAUGGCGUAAUCGGCAGCGUCGACGAUAAUCAGGAAGAGUGCGCUGCCUGUACGAAGGGGAAGUGUAGGAGCUUAAAUGGAUUGUACACGAGACCGGAUUUGCCCGCCGGAUACUCUUUGGUGGCGCAGAUUCCUCAAGGAGCUUGCAGAAUAUUGGUGCAGCAGUUGAAGCAUACGAGGAAUCAUCUAGCUUUGAAGAAUGCCAAUGGAUCGUUCAUCGUCAAUGGCGAUUGGAAGAUCAGCAGUCCUGGGGUAUUGGAAGGUGCCGGCACGAGGUUCACUUACGUCAAACAGGACGGUACUUCCUACGAGACCGUCAGCUCGCCAGGACCUUUGGCCAAUCCUGUCGAUAUAAUGAUCAUAAACUUCCAAACCAACCUGGGCGUCAAAUAUGGUUAUUCCCUUCCAAUGGAGUCCAACACGCCCCUCAUAGCUCCUCCACUAAUUAAACGACCCUCGGAUUCUGGAGUCCCGGAGCCUCGCCGCCUAGAAACCCCCUUAAACGCCUUGAAUCAACGCGACGAAGCACGACCCGUCCAUAGACGAACUAGAUUAAGAAGACGCUUCGCUUGGAAGAUCAGCGGAGUUUCAGCAUGUUCAAAAUCUUGCGGCGGUGGUUUGCAAGCCACCGUGGUAACUUGUGUCCGAGAACACACCCAGACCCCCGUUCCCGACAGACGAUGUUCCCAUUUGGAGAAGCCCAUGACCCAGCCUAUUCGCUGCAACGUUAAAGACUGUCCACCAUAUUGGGAAGCACAGUGGACUUCAUGCAGUGUGACUUGCGGUGAAGGAAUUCAACAUUAUGUUCCGCAGUGUCACCAGGAGCUGAGUACUGGACGAAAAAUUGUCACGAGCGAUAUAGCCUGUCCAAGACCAAAACCAGCAUCUCAAGCUAAGCCCUGUAUACAGGAACCUUGUGAGAGUAUUAGGGAUAAUGAGCUGCCACAAACUCCGGAGACCUCUUUUAGAAGUAGUCGACAGGAGUGGACGGUUGGGCCUUGGUCUUCGUGCUCCGUGUCCUGCGGUACCGGCCACCGCACCCGCUCCGUCAGCUGCGCUAGCGGCCGCUGCCACCCCGAGGACCGCCCCAAAAACGCCGAAUACUGCGAGAACGGCCCCUGCUCCGCGUCAUUGACCGGCGAAACGUCCCCAUGGCUCCUAACAGAAUGGUCCCAUUGUUCCGAAUCCUGCGGUACCGGAACCCAGAGCCGUCUAGCCGUCUGCUUUCAUCACCACAAUUGCAGUGAAAACAGCAAACCGGAGACCUCGAGGGCGUGCUCCAGCGACAAACAAUGUGGAGGUCAGUGGUUCAGCGGUCCGUGGACGCCGUGCUCUGACUCAUGCUCCGGACACGCCAAACAAAAACGGGAUGUCUUCUGUGUCGUCAAAAUCAGGGGUCAGUCUCAUAUUACCAAUGAAAUGACCUGUCCCGCUGGGCUGAAACCGGCGUCGGAGCAACUCUGCAACGGGAAGUGCGCUCCCAAAUGGUUCUUUGGAGAAUGGGGCGUUUGCGAAGGGGCUUGUCCCAACGGGGUGCAGAGGAGGGAAGUUAGAUGCAUGGAUGCGCAAGGGAAGCAUUCGAAUAAUUGCGCUGACAAUGAGAUGCCUAUUGCUAAGAGGCAGUGCGCUUGUCACAGGGCUGAGGAACAUAGGGAGAGGUACAAGCCAGUGCAAGAUGAACCCGCUGAUCGCUCUUGCAUCGAUCGAAUCCGAAAUUGUUACCUGGCAGUACAGGCACGUCUGUGUCAGUACCCUUACUACACUAAUCACUGUUGUGUGUCCUGCAAGAGGGCACAGCAAGAUCUGUUGGAAUAAUCUGUGAUUGGAAGAAUAAUGCGUAGUCAAAACCCAAGUACUGACUUUAAAUAAAUUAGGAUUUUGAAUUCUAUUAAUUUUAGAGAAAGUGAUGUACGAGUGAAAGUAAAAUAAUGUGUGUGUGAUGUUUUUUCCAAUAACAAUGCAUGUAGGUGGAAUACAUUGGUUGCUACAUUCAAUUAUAUUUAUUUCUGUUAAUAGUCGAUUUUUGUAAAUAUAUUUUUUAUACGUUAAAAAUCCCAGUAGACUCCAAUGUAUCAACUGUUCUUCCAUCACCGAUAGAAAUACUCUUACAUUUAUAGAUGUCUGUGAUUGUUUUUCCACUAACUAUUCUAGUUGUUAAGAAGAGUGCGUGAUUACUUAUUCAUUGUACUUCGCUUGAAAAGCACUGCCAAAAUUUAUUUCAACAAAAAAACAAUUAUUGUUAAUUUUAAUUGUAUUUGCGCUACUAAGCGCGCGACUGCGCACUUGCCAAAAUGUGUGUUACGUGUAAUUAAUUUAAAACAAAAUCUGACUUAUUUUUAGGCACUGUAUUAAUUUUAAGUAUAGACAUUACAAAUAAGUAUUAUAAUUUUAGCUUGUAUGUAUUUAUUAGUAUAAUAAAAUAAACGAAAAUAAAAUGUUAUAGCAAUUUAAUGUU